UCGGCCCCGACGCGGGCACGUUGAGUGGCGGGGGAAGGCAGAAGAACUGCCCCAGCGAGGAGCGGCUCCGAGGACCGGGCAGCACGGUUGGGGUGCCCGCUUCGGAGCCCCCAAAAGGCUGCAGUGUCGGGAGCGCAGCCCGAGGCCACGGGGGGAAGGGGGUGGGUGGGCUGAGAGCAGCUCUGCGGCGAGACUGGCCCGCCGCCCCUUCCCCCCACAUUCGUCGACCUUGUGGGCAGAAGCUUCCCGGAGCUCCUCACGCCGGCGGGAUGGCGACUGCUCUGGAGACUGAGGCCUCUCCGCCGACGGACUCGAGCUGGGAAAGUGGCGGCCGCGGAGACGACGAGAUGAAGCAGGCGCUUCCGGAGCUUGAGUCCUCCCCACAAAAUGGCGGCGGCGGCGGCCUCAGCAUCGCGGAACCUGGCGGCGGCGCUGGGCCUGAGGAGACCGCGGGGGCCGAGGCCGCUCAGAGCCUCAGCCACGAGCAGCCUCAGGAAUCCUCUGUGGCGGGCGCGGCCGCCCUGCCCAGAGGCCCCGAAGAGCCCGAAAGGCCUGUUAGGAGGAGUUUUCAGAUCCCCAGGAAGAGCAGAGAAAAGAAAGCACUUUUCCAGCCAUUAACUCCAGGCUCUCGAGAAUUUGAAGAUGUUGUAAAUAUUCUCCAUUCAUCUUACCUUGAACCAACCUCAGUAACAAAUUUUAACUACAAACGUGCUUGCUUGAUACACAAUGAGCUUUUGGAAAAGGAGUUUACAGAAAAGCGAAGAGAACUGAAGUUUGAUGGUCGUUUAGAUAAGGAACUUUCAGAAUCCUAUGCAUUUCUGAUGGUUGAUCGCUACCAGGUUCAAAGCAUAUGUGAAAAAGGAUUACAUGUGGGUCAGUCCAAAAUAACAAUUCUUGGCAUUCCUUCCAUGGGUGUCUAUCUUUCUAGGUAUGCUGAUUUAUUACAAGCGAAUCCUUUGGACACUGGGGCAACGGGUGAUGUUGUUAUUUUUAAAAUAAUGAAGGGUAAAAUAAAGAGUAUAUAUGACCCCAUGGGUGUAAAAAGUUUGGAAUCUAUGUUGAAUAAAAGUGCUUUGGAUCCCACACCAAAGCAUGAAUGUCACGUGUCGAAGAAUGCCAAUCGAGUUACAUCACUUUUGGCUUACAGAGCCUAUGAGCUUACUCAGUAUUAUUUUUAUGAGUAUGGCUUUGAUGAGCUAAGGCGAAGACCAAGACACGUUUGUCCAUAUGCAGUUGUGUCUUUUACUUUCAAAGAUGAUAUACAAACUCCGAAGUUUGUACCUUCAUCAAGAACCUUGUUUCUAUAUGUUUUCCCUCUCAUUUCUAAUAAAUGUGCUCUCACUUCUCUGGGCUGCCAAAUGACUAAGCUGUGUCAUUAUUCUUUUUAUUUAGAUAAAUAUAACUAUACCUUGUGGAAAGGACAGCUUUUAAAUAAAGGAAAACUUUUGUGUUAUAUUUCUCUGAGGUCAGCCACUCGUGCUUUUUUGCCUAUCAAACUACCUGAGAAGUUAGAUGUUGAAUCAGUUAUGAGUAUUGAUCAUCUGAAACAGAAAAUCCCUCCAGCACUGUUUUAUAAGGAAACAUACUUAGGUCCAAAUGAAGUUUUGAAGAAUGGAAUGUAUUGCAGCCUUUAUGAAGUUGUAGAAAAGACAAGAAUUGGAAGUAACAUGGAAAGUUUACUGCAAAAACUAGAGAGAGAAAAACUUGUUCUUGUUAAACCUUUGGGAGACCGAGGAUACCUUUUUCUUCUCUCUCCUUGUCAGAUGGUUUCUCCAUAUGAAUAUCAGACUGCCAAGUCGCGAGUCCUACAUGCUUUGUUUCUAUUUCAAGAACCUAGAAGCAUAGUUACUUCACAAAAAGGUUCAACCAAUGCAGCACCACAGGAGAGGCAUGAGAGCAUGCCAGAUGUAUUAAAAAUAGCUCAGUUUUUACAGUUUGCUUUGAUUCAGUGUCGAAAGGAAUUCAAAAAUAUAAGCACUAUAAAUUUUCAUUCUGCUGUUGAAAAGUAUGUAAGUGAAUUUUUUAAGCGAGGUUUUGGUUCAGGUAAACGAGAGUUUAUUAUGUUUCCAUAUGAUUCACGAUUAGAUGAUAAAAAAUUCUUAUACUCAGCUCCCAGAAAUAAAUCCCAUAUUGAUACCUGUUUGCAUGCCUAUAUUUUUCGGCCUGAAGUAUAUCAGUUACCUAUUUGUAAAUUAAAAGAACUAUUUGAAGAAAACAGAAAACUUCAACAGUUUAGUCCACUUUCAGAUUAUGAAGGUCAAGAAGAAGAAAUGAAUGGUACAAAAAUGAAAUUUGGAAAACGAAAUAACUCAAGGGGUGAAACAGUUAUAUCUGGAAAGCAAAGGUCAUCUCAUUCUUUGGAUUAUGAUAAGGAUAGAGUCAAAGAAUUGAUUAAUUUAAUUCAGUGUAGGAAAAAGAAUGUGGGUGGGGACUCAGACACAGAAGAUAUGAGAAGCAAAACUGUCUUGAAGAGGAAGCUUGAGGAUCUACCUGAAAAUAUGGGAAAGCUCGCCAAAACCAGUCAUUUAUCUGAAAACUGCCAUCUAUAUGAAGCGUCUCCACAGCCUAUUGGCUUACUUGGACAUGAUGCUGACUUGAGGCGACAGCAGCAGGAUACCUGUAACUCUGGUGUUGCUGACAUCCAUAGGCUGUUUAAUUGGUUAUCAGAAACACUGGCAAAUGCGCGCCAUUCUGAUGCAUCUCUGACAGACACAGUCAACAAAGCCUUAGGAUUGAGCACUGAUGAUGCCUAUGAAGAGCUGAGGCAAAAACAUGAGUAUGAGUUGAACUCUACCCCAGAUAAGAAAGAAUAUGAGCAGCCUACUUGUGCAAAAAUUGAAAAUGCUCAUUUUAAGGGUACUCAGAGCUUGUUACUAGAAGUUGAUACAGCAUCUAAGUAUUCUGUUGCUGUUUCUACCAGUGAAGUGGGCACUGACCAUAAGCUACAUUUGAAAGAAGAUCCAAAUUUAAUUAGCGUGAAUAAUUUUGAAGACUGCAGUUUGUGUCCCAGUGUUCCCAUUGAACAUGGAUUUCGUAGACAACAGUCUAAGUCAAAUAAUGUUGAAGAGACUGAAAUACAUUGGAAACUGAUUCCAAUUACAGGAGGGAAUGCAAGAAGCCCAGAAGACCAGCUGGGGAAACAUGGUGAGAAACAAACACCAGGUAUGAAAUCACCAGAAGAACAACUGGUGUGUCUGCCACCACAGGAGGCCUUUCCUAACGACCCCCGGGUAAUAAAUAGACAGAGAAGUUCUGAUUACCAGUUUCCAUCCUCUCCAUUUACAGACACACUAAAGGGCACCACUGAGGAUGACGUGUUGACAGGUCAGGUGGAGGAGCAGUGUGUGCCAGCAGCAGAGGCAGAGCCGCCUGCAGUGAGCGAAACCACAGAGAGGACAGUGUUAGGAGAGUACAAUCUCUUUUCUAGGAAGAUAGAAGAGAUUUUGAAGCAAAAAAAUGUUUCAUAUGUCAGUAGAGUUUCCACACCUGUCUUUUCAACACAAGAGAAGAUGAAACGGCUUUCCGAGUUCAUAUAUUCUAAGACUUCCAAAGCUGGUGUGCAGGAGUUUGUGGAUGGUUUGCAUGAGAAGCUAAAUACUAUUAUUAUUAAAGCAUCAGCCAAGGGUGGGAAUUUGCCACCAGUCAGUCCUAACGAUUCUGGUGCAAAGAUAGCAUUGAAUCCUCUGGAAAGGCAUGCCAUACCAGUUUCCUCAAGUGACUUCAACAAUAAACAUCUCCCUGAGCCACUGUGUAGUGAUCCUUUGAAAGACACCAACUCUAAUGAGCAGCAUUCCACUUCCACUUCGAGUUUAACUGAAGUAGAAAUAAACCAGCCUCAACAUGCCACAGAGUUAACGGUGACUUGUGAUCAUACUGUACCUGGUGAUAUGGCCCGGGAACCGGUAGAAGAAACAACAAAAUCCCCCAGUGAUGUAAACAUUUCUGCUCAACCAGCUCUUUCGAAUUUUAUAAGCCAGUUAGAACCUGAAGUAUUUAAUAGUUUGGUUAAAAUCAUGAAAGAUGUCCAGAAAAAUACUGUGAAAUUUUAUAUUCAUGAAGAAGAAGAGAGUGUGCUCUGUAAAGAAAUAAAGGACUAUCUUAUCAAAUUAGGUAAUACAGAAUGUCAUCCAGAACAGUUUUUGGAAAGAAGAUCAAAAUUAGAUAAACUAUUGAUUAUUAUUCAAAAUGAAGACAUUGCAGGUUUCAUUCACAAGAUACCUGGCUUGGUGACUUUAAAGAAGCUCCCCUGUGUUAGUUUUGCUGGUGUUGAUAGCCUGGAUGAUGUUAAAAAUCAUACAUACAAUGAAUUAUUUGUAUCUGGAGGUUUUAUCGUAUCUGAUGAAUCAAUUCUAAAUCCAGAGGUUGUCACAGUUGAGAACCUUAAAAAUUUUUUGACAUUCCUUGAAGAACUUAGUACUCCAGAAGGAAAAUGGCAAUGGAAAGUCCACUGUAAAUUUCAGAAAAAACUAAAGGAACUAGGCAGAUUGAAUGCUAAAGCUCUAAGUCUGUUGACGCUUCUGAAUGUCUAUCAGAAGAAACAUCUGGUUGAAAUUUUGUCAUACCACAAUUGUGAUUCACAAACUCGAAAUGCUCCAGAAUUGGAUUGCCUUAUCAGACUUCAGGCUCAGAACAUACAGCAACGACACAUAGUCUUUUUAACAGAGAAGAACAUCAAGAUGAUUUCCAGUUAUACAGAUAAUGGAAUAGUGGUUGCAACUGCUGAAGACUUCAUGCAAAACUUUAAAAAUCUUGUGGGCUAUCACAACUCAAUCACGGAAGAAAACCUUCCACUGCUUGGUGCUAAUGAGAAUCUUGAGUCGCAGUCAGCUCUUUUAGAAAACGAUGAAAAGGAUGAAGAGGAUAUGUCUCUGGAUUCAGGGGAUGAAAUCUCACAUAUAGAAGUAUGCAGCAAUUUUCAUUCAGAAAUAUGGGCGAAAGAGACCAAAGGAUCACGUGGAACAGAUCAAAAAAAGAAUAUUCAAAUUGAGUUGCAAUCGUCUCCUGACGUGCAAAACAGUUUAUUAGAAGAUAAGACUUAUCUUGAUUCUGAAGAGAGAACUUCUAUUGAUAUAGUAUGCUCUGAAGGAGAGAACAGCAAUUCAGCAGAACAAGCUUCAUAUAGUAACUUUCAGAUUUAUCAUAGUCAAUUAAAUAUGUCCCAUCAGUUUAGUUAUUUUAAUGUUCUCACUCAUCAGACAUUUUUGGGGACACCAUAUACCCUUUCAUCAAGUCAAUCUCAAGAAAAUGAAAACUACUUCUUAACUGCUUAUACUCAAAGCUUGGAUAGAGAUAAAUCUCCACCUCCCUUAAGUUGGGGAAAAAGUGAUUCUUCCAGGCCAUAUUCAAAAGAGAAGUAACUAUAGGAACUUUUCCUAAAUAGAUUGUUGUGGACUUUUUUUGUUUAUUAACAAUUUAUAUUUCAUUCUCUAAACAAAAGGUUCUUGUUCUUUCUCAAAUGUUUUUUUUUUUUUUUUUUAUUUAAAUCAUGAUGGUCUGUAACAGUUAAAGCAUCUAAAAAUUGAAAUAAAUAUAUAUUUUUUAACAUA